AAAGCGCGCGGGAACGAGCACUUCAAGAGGAAGGAGUUCGCGCGCGCGAAGGCGGCGUACGACGAGGCGAUCGCGUCGGACCCCGGCAUGGCGACCGCGUUUUGUAACCGCGCCGGCGCGAGGCACCACCUGCGCGAUUACCAGGGCGCGGAGGAGGACGCGACGAGAGCGAUCGAGAUCGAGACGGCGUACAGCAAGGCGUAUCACCGCCGCGCCGCCGCGAGGAGGGCGCUCGGGAAGAACGCGGACGCGCUGAGCGAUUACGACAGCGCGAUUGAAACCGCGAGCGCCGGCGGCGGCGGGUCGAACACCGCCGCGAUCCUUCUCGCGAACCGCGCGGCGUCGCGCCUCAAGCUCGGCGAGUACGCCGCCGCGCGCGAGGACGCGUCCGAGGCGAUCGCGCGCGAUCCGAAGUACGUCAAGGCGUACCACCGACGCGCGGCGGCGAGGAGCGGCUUGAAGGAUUUCGAAAACGCGUUGGAAGAUUACGAGGUCACGACCACCGCGGACCCCGCCGUCGCCGCGGAGGCGAGCAAAGACCGAGGCAACGCGCUGUUUAAAUCCGGCGACUUCAAAGCCGCGGAGGCGGCGUACACGGAAGCGAUCGCGGCGGUCCCCGCGAGCGCGGCGUACCUCGCGAACCGCGCCGCCGCGCGCCUCAAACUCGGCGACCACGUCGGCGCGGAGCUCGACGCCUCGAGCGCGAUUUCCAUCGACCCGGCGCACGCCAAGGCGCGGCAUCGACGCGCGAUCGCGCUCGUCGCGCUCGGACGUCACCGCGACGCGUGCGAGGAGUAC